AUGCCUCACUCUACUGCGUCUCCUAGCUGCCUUGUAAACGCCGCGACGAGCGUCUGGAAUCAGUAUUAUCCCGAAGAUCAUUGUAUCGGUAUACGACAGCCAGGUGAGACUCGCUCAAUGCACUAUUAUCAUCUAAUUAGCGACACCGAUGGCCGUUUCCAAGCUGCCAUGACAUUUCUGAAUUGUUUUCGACAUGAUGAACAAUGGGCACCAUUACUUCAAUGUGAUUUGACACAGACAAAUGUAACGGUCGUGUGGCUGCACUAUCUGGAGCUCCUACGGACUGGCACGGAAGACUUUGAACAAGCAGUAAAGGAAAAUAUCCACGAUGUACUACAGUGUCUAGGAAUUGCAUUAUGUAUGCGACGAUAUGAGCUUCGAAUGGAAGCAGAAGAAGAAGAAAUAGCACGGAAACGGACUGUACCCGUGGAUCGUACGAAGAUUACUGUUCGACUGCAUGGUGUGACGCCAAUACUGCCCAUUGCAGCAUUAAGAGCAGAUGUUGUGAACCAGUUUGUCAGUGUUAUUGGUACAGUUGUAAGAGUGAGUGCUAUUAAGCCACUAGUGACAAGAUGCGACUUUGUCUGUGCCAAAUGCAAUGAAGCUACAUCAAGAGCAUUUCCAGAUGGAAAGUUUACACCACCACAGAGAUGUGAAAAUGCACCGUGUCGAGGUAGAACACUGCUACCAAAUCGCUCGUCGGUGGAUACGGUGGAUUAUCAGAAAAUCAAACUCCAGGAAAUGGAAAGUACAGAUGUUGGCCCUGGUCGUAUGCCACGAAUGAUUGAGGUGGAAUUGUACGAAGACCUUGUGGAUUCCUGCAUUCCUGGUAACGUAGUGACAAUCUCAGGUAUUGUGAAGAGCAUAAACUCGGAAAUUCAUGAAGGAAGGUAUGGCAAGCGUGCGCAGGCAAACAGUCUUUAUAUUUUGUACAUUAGCGCCAACUCGGUUGAAAACUCAGCAAAUGUAGAGAAGGAUAAAGAUAAAGCUUUGGAUAUCGAUUUUACCAAGGAAGACCUCGAGCAGAUCAGCAAUAUCAUUGACCAGGGAAAUGUCUUUGACCACCUUGUUCAUUCCUUGUGUCCAGGCAUUUACCGCAAUGAUCUUGUCAAGGCUGGCUUGAUGUUAGCUUUGCUCGGCGGAACUCGAGAGUCGGACGAUAAAGAUUCUACAUGUGCGCGCAGAGCAGAUUCACAUGUACUGGUUGUUGGAGAUCCUGGUCUGGGUAAAAGCCAGAUGCUUCGAGCUGUGUCGAUGGUCGCACCGCGAGCUGUGUACAUUGGUGGAAACACGACCACCACGACAGGGUUGACUGUCACAAUGGUGAAAGAUGGAUCCGGCGAUUACGCGCUAGAAGCCGGUGCACUUGUGCUUGCAGACCAGGGUGUGUGUUGUAUUGACGAGUUCGAUAAGAUGGGAAUUGACUAUCAGGCGUUGCUAGAAGCGAUGGAGCAACAAACCAUCAGUAUUGCAAAAGCAGGUAUUGUGUGCAAUCUGAAUGCACGGACAUCGGUCGUCGCCGUUGCAAACCCUACCGGUGGCCAUUAUGACCGUAGUCGUUCAGUGAGAGAGAACCUGAAAAUGAAAGCCGCACUGCUGUCUCGCUUUGACCUUGUUUUCAUCUUGCUGGACCGACCAGACGAAGAAAAAGAUCGAUUAUUAUCAGAGCACGUGAUGAACUCUCAUGCACGCGGCAAUCGACGGUCAAGGAAGCGUAUGCGAGAUAGUAAUGCAUCUGUAGCUUCUUGGAGCUCCAACAGCUACGCUGGCGAACCACAAGCAAGUAGUUACGAAGAGACUGCAGAGUCUGGUCGCCGCAUGCUGUCGCACCGUCUCGGUGAGAACGCAUCGGAGUUCACCGCGAAUGCAAUUCCUCCCUAUUUCGUGCGCAAGUUCAUCGCUUACGCACGCCGUUACGUGCAUCCGCGUCUGUCAUCGGAGGCUGCUGUAGUGCUUCAAAAGAAGUAUUUGGAGCUUCGUUCAGCGGGUGCGGAUCAGCAGAACUCGAUGGACGGUAUACCAAUCACAACACGGCAGCUCGAGUCACUGAUUCGUCUCUCACAAGCGCGUGCUCGAGCUGAACUUGCUGAAACUGUGUCUGCUGAGCACGCACAAGACGUUGUUGAUCUCAUGCAAGAGUGUUUGCUGGACACCAACAUCACUGAAGAUGGUACGCUUGAUUUUGGCCGCAGUGGAGGCAUGAGUCUUGCCAAGAAAGUGAAGGCUUAUGUUGCUCGACUCAUGAAAGCUGCAGCGAGACGCAAUACUUGUUUGUUUUCAAUGGACGAUUUACUUGAAGUUGCUGAUAGUAUGGGACUGAAGGUGGACGAUUUUCGAGAUUUUGUGGAGAUCUUACGCAACGAGUGUUAUUUGUUGAAAAAAGGUCCUGGACAGUUUAAAGUGCAAGUGUCAUCGUACAAUAUGAUGUGA